UUAAAAUGCAUCCGUUUCCGGUCGAGAAAAAGGAACUGCGAACUACAGAGGAUGACCGCUACGAAUGCAAUGUGGAGGCCCCCUCGAAUGUGUGAUGAUUACUGGAGUGAAUUCAAGCACUGCAAAAGCCUUUGGAAUCGAUUUUACCAGUACUACACUUUUGGUACGGUCCCAGCCUGUCAGCAGUGGAAGGAGGACUACAAAGCUUGUCGAGAAUGGGAGAAGAGACAUAAUGCUGAGGCCAAGGAACUGCUACAGCAGAGUGAAAGAGCUAGGGUGGCAGCACAGAGCAAGUUUGCCCCAGUGUGGAAACUCCGACAGAAGCCCCCUGAAGACUGGCAUUUACCUCUGAACCAGGAAAAGCCCCAGGAACCCUGAAAUCCCAACAUACGACUGGUGCCAAUAACGGUCAACUGGACCUCCCAUUUGCCUAUCCUGACUUUACCAUGUAGAUUGUACAUGGUUUAUUUGGUGAAAACUUGAGCAAACAAAAAAGAAAAAAACCUGUUUGUAUGCUGUAUGUUCCAAAAAUUUUUCCCUUUCUUUUGUAAGUAUCAUUUAUUCAUAGUGCCUUCAGUGAUACUUUUUAUUUACUUCAUCCAUCCCGUAUACCAUUUACCCAGUAAAGGGCCGUAUACAAUGUGUUUUACACGGAACAGGUAAAUUGUAGUAGAAUGUUAUUUCUUUGCUGCAUAGAAUCCAUGGACUAAACAUUGUAUUAUGUGCUAAAAAAGUAAAGUCAAACAUCAGUGUAAUAUGAAACAUCUUUUUUGGUAUAAGUGUCUAUACUUAUGAUUCUCUAGGUCUGCAGGGGGUGACAUCUAAGCCAACCUAUUUGAAGCUUUAGUAAGAUUCAUACAUGCUUAAGCAACCCCCCUCCAAAAAAAACAUACAGUUCAGUUCUGCCCUGCAUUUUUUAUUACUUAUUGCACAUAAACCUUGGUAAUAUCAUUAUAUUUGCCUUCUGGUGCUUGGUAGUUUGCUAUUGGUGGAGUGUGGCUGGGUCCCUGGUUUUGGAAAGGGACAAGCUGUGGGUCUCGUUGGAUGGCAGCCUGAUACAGCUCCUCUGACUCCAGCCGCAGCUCCUUCAGUGCUUCCUGUUGUGCAUCCAAAGCCUGGGCAAUAGCUGCCAUCUCUUCCAUGUGCUGAGCCUGCUUGUAGCGGGCCCAGUCCUUCAGCAGCAGCGCCCUGCGCUCGCUCUCCUCUGACAACAGCUGCGGUGGGGAACGCACUCUGAAAAAUACACAUGCAGGACAUAGAACACUGCAUGUACUCAGAAGUCACUUAUCAACAAGAUAAACAUUUAGAGAAAUAAAGAGAAGUGCACUUGU